UAGCGGUGAAACUUUCUUAUAAGAGUGCCAGAUCCCUUUAAUUGCAUUACUUAUCGUAGAAAAUAACUUCGUAUUAUGAUAAUUAAAUUAAUUAUUUUUUAGAUAUACCAGGAGACAAGAAAAAUCACAUAUUCAUUAAUUCAACAUAUAACUUACAAAGAGUUUUUGCCGAUUUUGUUAGGUCCCGAAGUUAUGCAUUCAUUUGAAUUAGAAUUAAAUUCUAAAGGAUUUUAUAAUGGUUAUAAUCCCGAAGUCAACCCAACAAUAGCUAACGCCUUUAGCACAGCUGCUUACAGAUUUGGACAUAGCAUGGUUCAGAAUUCGUUUGUCAGAACUGAUGAAAAGCAUCGUCCGAUUUUUAAUAAUGUUUCCUUACACGACGAAUUCACAAAUUUCGAAAACAUCUGGAGCUUUGGAUCGGUUGACAGAACUUUGUUAGGUUUUUGUAAUCAACCUGCUCAACGUAGAGACGAAUUUGUCUGCGAUGAACUUUCCAAUCAUCUUUUUCAAACUCCCGAUUUGCCCUUUGGUAUGGAUUUGACAGCUAUCAAUAUCCAACGCGGCAGAGAUCAUGGAAUUCCUUCGUACACCUCUUGGAGGGAACCUUGUGGACUGACACCCAUUAAGAGUUGGGAUGAUCUAGAAAAGAUUUUUAAUAUAGAAACUGUAAGGAGAUUCCGACAAAUAUACCGACACGUGGACGAUAUCGAUCUAUUUAGUGGUGGACUAGCAGAAAAACCUGUAAGAGGAGCAGUUGUGGGACCGAUUUUUGCUUGUAUCAUUGCUCAGCAGUUUAGCAACCUUAGAAAGGGAGAUAGAUUUUGGUAUGAGAAUGCACAUCUACCAUCAUCUUUUACUCCUGCUCAACUUCAGCAAAUCAGAAAAACCACGUUUGCUUCCGUUUUGUGUCACACUAUGGACGAAAUCGAAACAAUACAACCAUUUGUAUUCCUAAUAUCAAACGAAGAAAAGAAUAGCAGGCAUUUUUGUACUGAAAAUCUAUUAAAAAACAUAGAUUUAAUACCUUGGAUUGAAUCUAACCCAAACGAUGUUGAAAAGAGGUCUUUUAUUGAUUUAUUUGAUGAUACUCCUAGUAAUAACAAAAGACAAACAAAACUCAAAUAUAGACGAAAGAAAAAACCUGAUUUUGUUGUAAGUAAUACAAAUAACAUAAUUAUUAAGGAUAAGGAUGGAGAUAAAGUAAAGAAAAGUACUUAUAGCCCUUUAGAAGUUAACAUUAAAAUACAAUAUUUCCCUUCAAGAUUUACUCAAGCACCAACUGCGCCAGUUAUCAAAAAUAAACAAAAAUUAUCUACCAGUAGACCUACUGUAAGUUACCAAGUGGAAAACCCUGUAACUUACCCAAUAUUUAUUCAAUCUUUAGCUAAACCAACAACUAUUAGACCUACUGCUAUAACCAACAGGCCUAAUGUUAACAAUGAAUAUAAUUACUAUGACUACAGACCUACUCAAAUGUUCAAUCGACCUACUGCAGGACUUUACGAUACUCCUAUUUACAGACCUGUUAGUUCAAAUGAUUACGAUGAAGUUCAGUUCGAAGACAGACCAUUUAGCAGUAGUUUAAAUAAACCCUACACACCAAUGACUAACCAUUUUUUAUACAAUGAAGUUUACAUUACUAAAAGACCGGUACAAAGUUCUUACGAACAAGAUAUAUCAGAUUAUUUUUACCAAAAAUUCGAUAACAAUAACAAAAAUAAUAAAUAUACAAAUGAAGAGUAUGUUAAUAACAGAUUUGGUCCUCCUACUAAAAUUUAUUCUACGGGGUAUGUCCAUAGAGUUGAUGGCCAUGAAAUCAACGAUAAGUUAGAUUUCAAAUCGAAGUUUGUUAAUAGAAAUAAAGUUAAAAAUACUGAUGACAAAUUUGUGAAAAUUUCUUCAAUAAAAUCACAUGCAGCAGUAUCGUCCAGUUCUGCAGUUAUAAAUACUGUCCUACAAAGAGAAGGAGACCAAGAUAUUUCGGAAGAGGAUGGAGACUUGCUGCGAUUAGUAGAGAUGGACGUAGCACCUAGUGAUACAGGAAACUGGUUGAUCUUCGAUGAAAAUGAAGAAUUAGCAUUAGAAUUGAACAUGCCGAAGAUAGACUUUAAAUUGACUACUAGUGAAGAAAUUCCAAAACCGAUAAAAAAGUUGAACAGGAAAAUAGACACUUAUAAAUAGUAGUUGAUAAUAAAGUUAAUUACUUACUUAAUUUGUUGAAAUAAACUAUAGAAGUAAUUUGUUUAAAAAGUAU